GGCUCCGCCCCUCUACGGCUUUCCCGCCUUCCCCUGUGUGGCUGCCAUGGCAACGCGGCGCGGGAGGGUCCAUCUUCAGAGCUUGAUGCAGAGUCCCACCACUUGGAAAAGACUUAGCCAUGGCAGGUAAAGGCAGCAAACCCAAGCGUGGCAAAGGCAAAGGUGCCAAUAAGAAAGAGAAGAAGGUGGUGAAGGAAGUGGAUAUCCUCGGCCCAGAUGCCAUGCUCAACGCUUACUACGUCUGCCACAAUGCUGCUGCCUGCCUGGAGUUACGGGGCUUUCCCUGGCCUGGCUCCCCCAAAAAGAAGGGGAAGAAAAGAAAGUAACUGGCUGGAAGGUGAAGGACUUGGUGGAAACCAGGCUCCCCUGGGAAGAAGAGACUUUUCUGUGGAUUAGACUCUGGUGCUUAGCUCAUAUUUUGCCUGUUGUGUCCAUACAAAGAUGCUCUUAUUAUAGCUCCAGCCUAGAGUAACAAAUGGUGAGUGACACUGUGCUGUUGUAAUUUCAGCUGUGGCACUUCACCCUCUGGUUCUGUGUGGAAUAAAACUCACUCCUCUGCAGUCUGAA